CCAAUGCAUCGAAUAAAAUAGCGUAAACCCUUAUAAGAUGUCUGGCUCGGACGGCGGGACUCUGCAAGGCCGCGUAAGCAAACUUGUCGACGAAGUGCAGGCGCCUCCGUGGGGCGGGAUAGGUCGCUCAUUUACGCUUGGGAUAGUAUCAACAUGGGCGCGCUUCAUGUUGAAUGUUAUCAACACAACCACGAUACACGGACAAGACCGAUUGAUUCAAGCGGUGGAGGAGCACAAAGCAAAUGGGAGAGGGCUUAUCACCGUUUGCAAUCAUACCAGCAUGUUCGAUGACCCCGGCGUGCUGAGCCUGCUGAUGCCCUGGCACUGGCUGUGGAGUGAGCCGUUGACAGAGAAGGUGCGCUGGAGCAUCUGUGCCAAGGAGGUGUGCUUCAAGAACGAGCUGCUACGGCACUUCUUCGUGAACGGCAAGACGUUGCCAGUGGAGCGGGGGAAAGUAGGCGUGAACCAGCCGGUGGUGUCCAUCGCCGCACACACGCUGGCCAAGGGCGGCUGGGUGCACCUGUUCCCGGAGGGCCGCAUCAACUACGACGGGAAGCUGGGCCCGCUGCGCUGGGGCGUGGGCAAGCUCAUCUGCCAGGCGCGGCAGCUCAACGGCGGCCGCGACCCGGCGCUGCUACCCUUCUACCACAGCGGCAUGGGCGAUGUGCUGCCCAUUACCAUGGACCGUCUCAAUGUGGGCAAGCAGGUGGAGGUGCGCGUAGGCGAGCUGAUCCGGCUGGACGACCUCACCUGCAACUGCGACUCGGCGGACGCGGGCGUGCAGCAGGAGACCUGGAAGGCCAUCACGGCGCGCGUGAAGGACGCGCUACUGGACUUGGAGCGGCGGUGCCCGCCCAACCCCGACCAGAGCGCGGUGGCACCCAAGCGCGACCCGCCGCCGUCGUGAGCGCGGGGGCAGGCGGGCUGCAGUGGCAGGAACAGCAGAAGCGACUGCAGCAGCAGCAGCAGCAGCAGAUGAGGUGCCGGAGGGUGAGGGCGGCUGUGGCAGCAGGGGUGGCAGCACCGGCAGCAGCGGCGGCGGCGGGGGGCGAGGGCGAGGGCGAGGGUGUAAUAGCGGCAGUGGUAUGGGCGGCAGGAGCCGGGCGCGUGGGGGGGGGAGAGGGCGUUGGAAUGCGAUGGUGCAGGUGCGGCUGCGGCUGCGGCUGUAGCAAGCGCCUGAGGCUUUCCUGCGGCUGCAGCAGCUGGGCCCAAGCGGCAGGAGAGCCAACGGCAGUCGCAAGGCCGCGUUUGCCGGUUGGGCAGCACAGCAGGAGCCGGCUGUAGCUGUAGCUGUAGCGGCGGCAGGUGGCAAGGAGCAGGGCCGUGCGGCCAGAGCAGGCAGCCGCCACCGCUGCGCAAGCGGUCUGGCGCAUGGACCGCGUUUGCCCUGUGCCGCCGGCUGUAGCGGCUGCAGCUGCGCCAGCCAGGCCUUGGACGACUGGCUGCGCGCCGCACACUGGCUGCUUGACCGCUUGAGACAAUUUUGAGUCGGGGAACUGCGUAGGUAAGCCAGUUGGUUUGUGGAACACGGAUGCAGGCUGAGUGCACUGGUUGCGGGCUUGUCGCUUGCAGGCGGGCCGCGUGCUUGAAGCACGGUAGAUAUAAUGCGGUGGUAGCCACGCAGCACGGGUGGUGCCGGGCUAGCACAGGGGAUGCAGCGGGUAGCGGUUUGAAGUACUGAACACCGCCGCACACGCACGUAAGGUGCUUGACAAGGCAGAGUUGCAUGGACGGUGUGGGCGCGACAGUAAGAUAGAGGUUUGGUCGCUUGAGGGACAGAGAAUGGUUUGGACCUCGGCGGAGUGUGCAAGUGGAUGCGUUGCCGAGAGUCGGGAGCUGUUUCCCGCAGUCGCGUGCACGGGACGUACCCACUUGCAGUGAUGGGAUCUGCAGCGCCGUUGAUGCUGUAGGCGAUCCUGUCAUCCUGGGAUGCGUUUUGUGACUGCUUACAGAUGCGGCAUCAAUAAGGUUACACACAGUCAGGGAGCCUCUCCCCACACACAGUGUGACUGCAGGGAGGAUUGUGUUUUUGUGGACGGUGUACGAGUGUGUGUGACAGAGGCUGUGUUUGGGCAUUUGGCAAGCAGCCAAUAAUUGUGGGACGCCGUGCGGGCCGUGUCAGGUCACUAAAAUGUAUCCCAGUGUCCUGCCUGGUGACUUGGAGGUUCGAGACAUCGAACAGCUUGUGAGGCAUGGACACUCGAGCUCACACGCUUGCUGACGGCAAGGGAGCCACAUGUUUCCAUGCAUUGCGUCAUGUUACAAGUUGUGAAGGCGCUCUGCCGCUGGAGAGGGUACCUGCAAGCAGGGAACUGCGGCCUUAGUGCGGGCGUGCCGAACCGCCGGGAAAUGCGAAGGGACCCAGGACCGCUCCUGACGGCUCUUGACCGCACUUUGGCUGGCCGGCGGCGCCUCCACCCCCUCGCCAUGCCGCAUGCAGGGCAAGCGGGCACCCGGCCGCGUAGCACAAAACACAGAGCGUAAGGUUGUACCUGUAUGCAGGCGCGGAGGCCUUGAAGGGUGAGGAAGGGUGUGCGAUGAGUCACUCGGCUUACGUGCAGGUGACGCCGUGACGGCGGAGCAGCUGCAGGCGGCGGAGGCGGCGGCGUACCGGCUGCUGCACUCCGCGCUCACCGAGGACAGGGAGGAAGCGCAGGUUGCGGAGGCGCCAGAGGUGGCGGAGGCGCGUCCGCCGCGAUCCCAGCAGCCGCGACGUGGGUCGGAUGCCAGCAGCCGGGCGUGGCUUGUGCUAUCGUGUGUCCCAGAGCGGCUGGCAUGCGCCCUGCUGGAGGAGGUCGUGCAGCGGCGGCAGGCCGCCGCUGAGUCUGCGCGAGCAACCACCGCAGGCGCUCAGAAUGAGGAGCAGGCGGAGGUGGUGGAUGUGAAAGGAAAGGGGGCGGUGGUGGCUCACAGCAAGGUGUGCUGCAACCCGGCAUGCAUGAGCCUGGAGGGGCCCAGCGCGCUCAUUGCGCCGGGUUGCGGCAAGACGUGCGCGCGCUGCAAGGCGCUCACGUACUGCUUCGGCGCCUGCCAGCUGAGCCACUGGGGCGCCGCAGGCGGGGGCCACGCGCGGGUGUGCCCCAAGCUGGCGCAGGCUGGCGGCGUUGUUAUCGUCGUGAGGCGGGCCAGCGGUGUAGGACCCCUUUUGGCAGGGGUGCCGGCCCUGUGGUGUGUCGAGGGAAGAACGGGCACGGCUCACUCGGCUCACUCUGGCUCACUUCGUGGCAAAGGUGCCUUGUGCGUGUCGAGGGGAAGAACGGGCACUGUUAAGCGCGUGCCUUGUGUAACAAUACCGGUCA